CUUUAUUAGUUAAGACACUCAAAUCUCCAAACUUGCAGCAGACUCUGAGCUCUACUGUACACCGUCUGGAUUCACACAUAGUUUCCUCAUCAGCAUCAGGAUGUGGAUUAUUCUGUUGGGUCUCACCUCUGCACUACUGGCCUCCUCGAGAUCAGAAAAUACCACAGUUGUACGCUCAAGGAGCUGCAGCUUUGGUGGAGUGUUUCACGUGGAGGGGAGAGAACGCUAUAGUCUGACGUUUGAGGAGGCCAGGAGGUUGUGUGAGCAUUUAGCCUCUUCACUAGCCAGUCUGGAGCAGGUGGAAAAAGCCUACAAUAAAGGACUUCAGACGUGCAGGUAUGGAUGGAUAAACGGCUCAGAGGUGGUGAUACUCCGUCACAUCCAAAAUACAAACUGUGCCGGCAACCAAACCGGCAUCAUCAAAAUAACUCAAGACAGUGAAAAAUAUGAUGCCUUCUGUUAUGAUGCUGAAGAUACGUCAGAGAAGAACUGCACAGCUAUGAUUGACCCUGACAGUUUAAACAAAACAGAUGCAGCUCAAAAUUCGCCUCAGGGGGUGGCCACGAAAAAUGCUCACAGGGGCGUGUGGAGGAGCGUGGCCUGGGCCGCUUCAGCGUACUGUACACCUGACACAGUACACAGACAGCAGCAGAACUCAAAGCAGGAAGUGGCAGCAGCCGUUGAGGGAGGAACAGGAAGCAAGCUCUAG